GCUCUGCUUGCAACAGAAGGACGCGAUGACCUUGCCGCUGCACUACUGGCUUGUGUCGUCGGGGGUCCCCUUUUUUUGCAUGCUCCGGUGGGCUAACCCUAACCCCAGUAUAACCCAAUAUAAUUGCAACGUCUCCAGUUGUUUCACUGCCAAUGGUCUACAUGCGGGGUCCUGCUACGCAAGGCACUACGCAAUGUCAACCUUUUUCCAGUACGAAUGCUAGAGGUGCUUAUGCUUCAUGUUGACUAACUCUAUGAAGUGAUGUACAGUGCGUCUCACAGCCACUAUCAUUUCCCCGCCAUCCCGCGACUUUGCUUCGCUCAUGACCAUCGUAGACCUGCCUGAAGAUGUUUGGCAGAUCGUGGCCCUCUUCUUUCCACAACGAGAGCUUUCGCCCCUCAUAUCAGUUAACAAGGCGCUGUACAACAUCGUGUUAAAUGCCAAAUACCGAGAAAUCCAUUGGGACAAGGUGGAUAAGGAUUUGGCGCGCACGCUGGUGCGUCUACGAACACCCUGUAUUGCUCAACGCGUUCGCCGACUACAUGUUCGAGCUUGGUUCAUCGAGUAUCUCAACCGGAAGGAGGCCCAGUCCCGUCCUUCGGCGAUGGCCACUUCUAAACGCUGGCUAAACCGCCACUUGCGACUGCCGUCUCGUUUGAGCCACGGUGCGAAGGGGAACACGACAUACGCCGAGGAUAUCAUGGAGGCAAUGACGGAAGCUCUAUCUCUGAUGAGCCAGGUCACGGAGUACACUUUCGAAUGGCGUGACCUUUCCCCCAAUCAACGAACGUUACGCUUGCUCUCGACUGCUCGGAGCGCGUUCGGAAUAAGUCUACGCAAACUCACUCUGAACGCACAACUUGAGAACUUCAGGGCGCUGGUAUCAACGGUCGAAUUCGAAAACCUCGAGGAUCUGGAGCUCUAUUUUGACCACGACAACAUCGACUUGGAUGUAGAAGAGACGCUUCAAAUUCUGCAAAAUACCAUUGCCCCGUUCAUGAACCACUUUCGACGUACGAUUAGCAGCCUCUUCAUCUUCUCUGCUUCCAAGGCUGACCUGUCGUCUCUGUUUCCUGCCUUGGACAAGUUCCCUCGUCUCUACAACCUGAUAUUUCACUUGCCCUGGGACUCUGCACAUCUUUCCGAGCCAGAUGCGCUCAUUGGGUUCUUGCGUCGAAACACGGAGAUGUUACGGAGCAUAGAGCUCGGGAAAUCAUAUGCGGCCGUCUCCGAACUGGCCGAUGCACCAACCUGCAUUUGGUCUCAGUUCUCCCGGGCACUGCUCUCGGACCCUCGAGUGCUAACAGAUCUCACGAUUCUCAAAAUACCCGCCUUCGAGUCCUUCGAAGAGACACUCGCAUGUAUCAAUUAUUCGGCGCAUACCCUGAGAACCUUACAUCUGGUUGACUAUUUCUUCGGCGAAGACGAGCUACUUGCUUUCGUGCAACUUUUCGCUCGCCGCAACCUAGACUCCGGUCUACGAACAUUGUAUAUCGGCCUGUCUACGCUGACUGUUUCGACAAUAGAUCUUCUGGCCCGGCGAUUACCGGCCUUGGAUAGUUUGGGCCUUGUGCUGGCUGAAUAUGUCGCGUCGGAAAUUAUGAUUAUGCAACACAACGUACUAGUCCUGCAGGCAUCUCCUUUCUGCAUGUCUCUCGCGGCACAUUCUUUUCCCGAAUGGGGACUGGCCAACAUCGGAAUCUGGUCAAAGCGGUUCAUCGAAACACCCUAUUCGACCCCGGAAGAAACAGCAAUCAUGCUGCACAUCGCUCGCUGCUUCCCGAGCAUCCGCAGUUUCAAAGCCCUACCUCGAUCUACAUCUGCAUUCAUCUGUCCAGCAUUUCCGUAACCAUUGGGAAGAUCUUCAAUCAUCUUCGAAUGUCGUAUGCUAGUUUCUAUGGUUGUGUCGAUACUUGCUCGGUUUUUGGUGACAAAUGGUCCAUCAUCCUGUUAUUCUUCCACUCAUUGGGAGCUUACGAUCACAAGUUUCUGUCUCGUUGAUUGUAAAACUGGGAAAUAGUCUAGAAUUACGCUCCGGAUCAGGGAACUAAUGUACUUUUAGCACCAUUCACGGAGGUCAUUCUGGCACGGCCAUACGUGGAUCGAGCUCUCUUUUCGAUCGCCAGAUGAAACAUGGACUCGAGUCGUGAUGUAUCCCGGAAUAAGGAAAAUGAAACAUCUGUAAAGGAACUUUAUGUGCCUAGCGUCCAGAGCUGUCUCGGGCAGAGACGCUGUCGAUAUAGAAAUCUGGGGUUAGGGUUAGCCCACCGGAGCAUGCAAAAAAAGGGGACCCCCGACGACACAAGCCAGUAGUGCAGCGGCAAGGUCAUCGCGUCCUUCUGUUGCAAGCAGAGCAGAAAGACAAGGGCGGCAAAAAUUAGAUAACCAAAUAGAAGGGACUGUGUCCCUCUAAUAGUGGUUAAACUAUUAAGAACAGAUACUACACUUGAUCUAAGCCAAAAGGCCAGAGUGGUGAAGAUUCAUAUGUUCAGCGUUGGCCUUUAUACGAAGCCAAUGGUGGUCCGUGCGCGAGCGUUGCCGAGAGUUCCACGUGCCAGAUCGCUGGAUCCGAAUGUAUACAUGUGCAUCCCUACAUCUUCCUCAACGCAGUUUCGGUCCCUGCUUCUUCUUAUUCUUCUUGUGGGUCACAGACGUUCCUCCGCGU